CCAACUAUCUCUUUAAUUCCACAUGCAUAAUUAGCAAUAAUACAGCUACAGCCAUUCCCUGCACUUUCAAGUUCAGUUUAGUUUGGUUAACAAUGGUACUUUCUUUCAUACUCCUUCUGAUCACUACUUAUUUCCUCGGAUUCUCCCAAAGCCAGCUCCAAGUUGGGUUCUAUGACUCCACCUGCCCCAACGCCGAGGCCGUCGUCGCCGCCAUAGUCCGCGAUGCCGCUGCCUCCAACCCAAACACCGCCCCCGUCUUGCUCAGGCUUCACUUCCAUGACUGCUUCGUUGAGGGGUGCGAAGGGUCGAUUCUGAUUGAUAACGGGCUGGAAACGGACGAGAGACAGGCGUUCGGGCAUCAAGGAGUCGGAGGAUUUGACAUCAUAGAGAGAGCAAAGUCCCAAUUGGAAGCUGAGUGCCCCGGAACUGUUUCUUGCGCAGAUAUAGUGGCUUUGGCUGCCAGAGAUGCUGUAGUUGUGGCAAAAGGGCCGUUCUACGAGGUGGAAACAGGGAGAAGGGAUGGCAUGGUUUCGAAUGUAACAUUGGCGGACGAUAUGCCGGACGUUGGCGAUUCCGUUAUGAGCCUGAAAGCCAAGUUUUUCAAGAAAGGCCUCAAUGAGAAGGAUCUUGUGGUUCUCAGUGCUGCACAUACAAUUGGCACGGCAGCAUGCUUCUUCAUGGGCCAGAGGCUCUACAGCUUCACGCCCGCUGGCGGCUCAGACCCAUCGAUAAACCCCGUCUUGCUACCGGAGCUAAAAUCAACGUGUCCGGAGAAGGGAGACGUCGGUGUGCGGCUGCCGAUAGACAGAGGCAGUGCGGAGACGUUCGACAUCCAAAUCCUGCAGAACAUCAGGAGCGGCUUUGCUGUGCUGCAAUCCGAUGCUAGCCUGUAUCAAGACCAGGCCACGAGGACGUUCGGGCCGUCGUUCGAGGCAGAUUUCGCCAGUGCAAUGGUGAGAAUGGGCAGGAUUGGUGUGCAUACAGGGUCGCAAGGCACCAUCAGGCGGACUUGUGCUGCUUUUAAUUGAUAAGAACUCGUGUGUGUGAUUAGCCUUGGUGUUUAUAUGGCCCUAAUUCUACUUAUACAUACAUACAUACAUACAUAUAUAUAUUAUAUGCUCCAUUAUUAUGUGUGAUUUGUUUAUUAUGUAAUUGAUGGGAAUAUAGUUUGUAAUGGACACAUAAUUAAGUUUUAUAAAAAUAUGUGUUUAGGUAUAA